AUGAUGAAAUCAAAAAAGGGCUCCAAACCAGCUUUCUCUGCAGCAGCCUCAUUCGAUAUGAUGAACGCUAAUGAGGAAACUCAACCUUCAGGCGAGACCGAGGCUCUGUCUGAACCAAAACACGCAUCAAAAUAUGAUCAAUUGUCACCCUUUUCACCUAAAACUGUACAAAUGGACAGACAAAGAGCUAAAUCUCUGCCUGCAGAUCUGUAUCAGGACGAAGCUUCCUCACACAAUCGAAAGAGAGUGCAGUUUGCGGACAUGAUGGGGCUGAACCUGGAAAACGUCAGACACUUUUCUUACGAUGCCUAUGAUACAUCUGCACUUCGGAAUCAUCCUUCAAAUCAAGAGCUUCAGCAGCGAGUACUUCCGCUCUUUCAAUUACCCGUGAGUUUGUCCGAGUUUGACAUGAAGUCUCGUCGUCUUGGAGUCGCGCUGGAGAGUGUCUCAAUAACUGCUUCUGAAGUGAAGGGUGUGAUUAUAGUUACACAGAGACACGCAGGAAGAAGAGAAGUUGGAGUCAGGUAUACUUUAAAUAACUGGCUGACCUUUGCGGAUAUACAGGCUUCACCGAGAAUGAAUGAAGAAGAGCUGCUCUGGGAACAGUUCGACUUUACUUUGGACGCGCCGCUCAGUUCUAAGCAAGACUCGUCGGUGCAUUUCGCAGUUUAUUGUCGGACUGAUCACGGAGAAUACUGGGACAAUAACGAUGGACAGAACUAUUGCUUGAGGAUUCAGACUACUUGA